GCGUAGGUCAGUUUUAUCUGUUUAACAAAUGAAUGCUGUUGGAGAUAUGACCUUCCGACUAUGGUCAACAUCGCUGGCGUGCUAAUGACCUGCAGGGUGGUCGCCGGUUCACCACUCAUCGUGUGAAUAAUGUUGAUGGGAAACGAAACACCCGCUACGUGCUCGGGUGUCAGUUGAUAAAACACACUGGACGUCGCUCUUAUGCAAACUUGAGAAAGUUGACUCGUAUCAUUACUUCUGCCAAAUGUUGUGUAAAAUUGAAAAAAUGGAAUAUCAUUCUGUGGGAGUGGGGAUGUUAUCAAAUGGAGCGAGAGAAUAGAAUUAGAACAUGUAGCAUCCCGCCCUAACCUACGGUACUUGUUUUUCCAAUGCUAUCCAAUGGUGUAAAAUCCAAGUCGCGGGGAAACCCAAGUUCACGGCUUCGUGCAAAUUCAAGGUUGUGGACCAAGAACAGAAAGAGUAGCAUUGCUGGCAGCAAAGAUGUCAUGCAAACGAGAAAGCAUCAAUCUAAGCUCCCUACGAUUGAGGACGAAGGUUAUAUCCCAUCUACAACUGAAGAUAAAAGAAUAUAUUAUGUUACCACGUCGUCUGUAGUUGGCCAAAGCAAAGACCAUGAUAGUAAAUACGAGGAAUUCGCUCGCCAACCGAGAUUGCCUAAAGUUAAGAAAAACAAAAGAAAAUCGAGAAAUGAAAAUGAAAAGUCCGACGAAAAUUCAUCUGAAGCAGUUGAAACUAACACCACGAAUGGAUGGCGCCGACAAAGUAAUGGAUUUAGUACAAACGGGAAUUCGAUUGUUGGAUCGCAUCAGACGAGAUCAGACCGUUUAGUUGGGCAGGUUGCGAAUAACAAAAGAAAGCGCCGGGAAAGGAAAAGUGUUUCUUCAUAUAUUUCGGAUCAUACACUACCUGACAAAGUAACAGUUGAGGAAGACAUCACUUUACAUAUUAACAAACUUAGAGUUGACAAUUCUGAUACUGUUGUUGAUAAAAAUGUCGCGGCUCAUUCCGAACAAGAGAAAACCUAUCCACUGCCGUUGUUUGGUAAAUCUAUAGAAGAGGAUAAAAGUAUUACUGAAAAACCUAAACGUAAUGCUGAACUGGUUAAGAAAUCGGUUGUGAAAUCAAUUUUGAAGAAGAAUUCUGUUGCCAAGGUGCCUUGCAAAGUAAGCUCCGAUCACAAGACGACGAUUAAACCAAACGUUUUAACUUUGGAUAAUAAAGAACAAAUCUCAACAGAGGCAUUGAAUAAACGAUAUCGUCCACACAACACUUUUCGGAUUGGGUUUAAAAGUAAAAGUAAACUACACUCAUCACAACAACGACCGAAAACUGAAGAAAGCACGAAUAAGAGAGUGACUGAAGUAGUGGCGCAAAACAGGCGUGCUGCAAGUAGUAUCAGUUAUCGGAGAGUUCUUCGACCAGCCCAACAAACCUUACUAUUGAAAAACGACAAACAGGCGGCCCGUUACCAACAGUUGAUAUCGGUUUACUUGGACGAACGGUGGCAUAAAGCACGUAAGGAGAGAUUCUACACAAUGCUCGAAGAUUUUCAGAUAAAAAAGAAAGCAGAGUGGCAAGCGAAACAUAAAAAUAAAACCAAGGAAAUACAAAAUUCAAUCAAAAGACAACAGGAGCAGUUAAACUACGUCCGUGGAAAACAUUCGGCAGCUAAAGAACGAAGAUUGAACACGCAGCAUGUGAAGUGGAAGUUCGUAAAAGAAGUUAACCAAAGCGAUAAAUAUGGUUUGCCAACUAAAACACCGGUGGAACACAAAGUUAAGGAACCAAACACGAAUAGCGGACAAGGUCUGUCAAGACAAGAACUUCGUAGGAAAAACGAGAAAAGAUACGAAUUUAUUUUCGAAAUCGGAUACAGAAAACCUUUAUCCCUGACAAGACCUGCUAAGAAGUCGGUCGCAUAAUUCCAUUUGCCUGUAGAUCGCAAUAUAUUGUUCAUCCUAUAUUAGGGUGUGGAAAGACGGGACACCUUUAGCACAUAAUGUCCAAAUAUCCUGAUCACGUUUUAAACAAUUAAUAACAAUCUAUGGAAGUCGCGAGAAUAUGGUUUUAUAUUUCUUUUAGUGUACUUUUACUACUACCAAAUGGGACGAGAAAAUAGUAUGAUAAGUUGUCCCAUCUCCCCCACUCCACUAUACUAUUCAUCCUAUUACUACAUUGUUCUAUCUAGUAUUGUGUUUAUUUUACCUACAAUAAACAAACGCCACAUAUA